UCAUCGAUUUUGAUCUCUUUACAGUCGGACAUAUUAUUAUGGAAGGAAAUAUAAAUGUAUUUGACAAGUUUGGGCAGCACAAAAAGAGUUAAAUGUAAUGACGUAAACAGCAUCAGCAUCGGUAACUGAGCGGCGCGUGCCGUUUGACCCGUACGCGUGUCUGACGCUUUGAUUUAGCCGCGAAGACUAUGACGCGGGCCGCGGUGGGACUCCCGCGUCCCCGGCCGCAUCUUUCCUGGCUACACAACGACUGGGAAGCAGCCUGGACUCGGUCGUAAGCACUUGCUGCCUGUUUUUGUAGGACACAAACGUGUCCGCGACUCCGUGGGCUCCGGGUUGAAGGGAGCACGGGGUUUUCACUGAGAGGAUAACGAGAAGAAAAGGCGGCUCGUCAUCCCGCCGCGUGACUGGGGCGCGCUCAUUGUGUUGGCGUUGAGCAUGACAUGGCAGCGGCGGAUGUAGCAGCUAACGGGCCGGAGCCGCCCGCUCUCCCGCUGGCGUUUCCGUACGAGGAGUACGAGUGUAAAAUCUGCUACAACUAUUUCGACCUCGACCGUCGGGCGCCCAAAAUCUUGGAGUGCCUGCACACCUUCUGCGAGGAGUGCCUCCACGCGCUGCACUUGCGCGAGGAGCGGCCGUGGCGCAUCAGCUGCCCCGUGUGCCGCCACCGGACGCCCGUGCCGGACUAUCGGAUACAGAACCUGCCCAACAACACCAAGGUCACGGAGGACUUCCCUCUUUACAUAGACUCGGAUCCUUUGCCCCAAGAUGCGCUGCCGCCCCACCCGCCGCCGCUGCACCCAGCGCUCGUGGCGCUCAGGCGCGAGGAGGACGCGUCCGGGGCGUCCACCGCGGGUCAUGCGACACAGUCCACAACGACGUUGUCCACCGCGACCACGCUGUCCCAGGACUCGGUUUCGCGCUAUGAUAGCUGCCACAACUGCAGGCGGCUCGCGCUGACCACCGGAUGCGUGUGCGUCAUCUUCUCGUUCCUGUCCAUGCUCGUGCUGCUCUUCAUGGGCCUCAUAUUCGUGCACAGCCACGGCGGGCCGCCCUCGCCCGCGGGACCCCUCUGCCUGUCAGUGGCGAGCAUCCUCGCCAUGGUCUCCGUGGUGGUUACGUGGCUUCUCUGCUGGCUCAAAUACAGACCUGAGCACGAGACGGGCCGCUCCUCGGCCACUACUAAUGCGAGCAGGAGAAACGCGUGACAGAUUCUUAUUGUUCACCUGUGGUAGCGGUCGACCGAUAUGGGUUUUCCAAAACCAAUAUCUAGUGGUCAAUUUAAAUGCAGGGAAAGGCUCUAUACAAUGGGGCCCCAAAAGUCUGAGACACCUUGAGAGAAAAAAAUGCUUCUUUUGCAUUCUUUUAUCAUUUAACACAAACGUUUUCAUUACAAAUAAUAAUAUCAGCAUAAAAGUUUGAGUGCAAGGUAAAAUUUUCUUACACUCAAAAAAAUAUUUUAGCCUAUUAUUCAUAACCAAAUUCCAUCAAAUUAAAUUGUUUAAUGAUCAAUUUUUUUUUUUAAAUAAAUAAAACUUUAAAAAGUUUUUUUUAUUAUUAUUAUUUCUUUUCUUAAAGAUCACUCAAUUCAAUUUGAUGGAAGUUUGUUUACAAAAAUUAAAAUGCAUAACUCUUAAAAUUGUUGUUAUGAGUGUAGUAUGUCCCCCUUUAAUGACAGCAUGCACUUGAGCAUAGACUUCACAAGUUUGGGCUGAUAAUCUAUCCUAUUUGAGAAUGUUCCAAAGAGCGUCUUGUGUGCUUCAAUGGAAGCAAAGAAAUCUGUUUUGUAUAAAGAUUUAACAUGGUUAAUGCCACAAAUUUAAUAAGUGACCUAGAAAAAUAACACAGAAUAUUAUAUUAUUUCCUCCUCAUUUUACGUCAUCACUUUUCUUUAAAAUAUCCUUCAAAAAUCCUAAAACUUUCUGUUUAUUUCCAGGUUUAAUAUAUAUAUAUAUAUAGACAUUUUGACCCCACUUUGCAUAAUAUAAUUUCAUGAUAACAAAUGAGAAAUGAGCAAAUCUGAAUUCUUAUUAACUUAUUGAUGGAAUCUGAAAAAGGAAAUAGUUUAUUAUGAAUUGACAUUUUGGAACUGACACACAGUAACGCUUUUGUUAAAGAAAUAUUCUGGGUUCAAUACAAGGUAAGCUCAAUCAACAGCAUUUGUAGUAUAAUGUUGAUUACCACAAAAAUGAUUUCGACUCGUCCCUCCUUUUCUUUAAAAAAGCAAAAAUGGAGGUUACAGUGAGGCAUUUACAAUGGAAGUGAAUGGGGCCAAUUUUUAGAGGGUUUAAACACAGAAAUGUGAAGCUAAUAAUUUUAUAAAAGCACUUACACUAAUUAUUCUGUUAAAACUCAUGUAUUAUUUGAGCUGGAAAGUUGUUUAAAUCAUCAUUUUGGGGUUUACGGCGUUAUGUCGUCAUGCCAACAAAGUUGUAAAAUUGGAUAGAACUUUACAAAGAAAAGGUUAGUAAGUGAUUCAUCACACUAAAAUCAUGUCAACACACAUAAUGUUUAGGUCUUGUGGCUAUAUUUGAAACAGUGAGUCCUUUAACAUUAACAGAUUGGCCCCCAUUCACUUCCAUUGUAAGUGCCUCACUGUAACCCAGAUUUUUGCUUAAUUUUUUUAGAGAAUAGUAGAAACCAGUCGAAAUUCAUUUUUGUGGUAAUCAAUAUUAUGCCACAAAUGCUGUCGAUUGAGCGUAACUUGUAUUGAACCUGAAAUUUUCCUUAAAAUUGACAGUUUUCGGCUGAAUCGAUAACCUCAAAAUGGCCAAAUAUAUAGGCCGAUUAAACAAACUGGCCAAUACAUUGGUAUAUAUUACUACUGUGUGUCUGUAUGAUAAAAAGACAGACAGAGCGUUCUGUUCUCCCCACUGGGUGAUAUUAUCCUUUCGCUGUAUCAUAUGCUAUUCAGACUUUGAGAAGAAGGCCCCUUUGUUCUUAUGGAGCAAUAGCUUUAUAUAUGAAAUUGUGAAUUUUAUGACACUUCCUUUGUUCUCCACGCCACCUAUGCAUCUAUCACGGUGAAACCGUGUCAUUUGACAACUGAUGAUCUCUUUUUGCAAUCCAUCAUGCAAUCUUCUUUGUGUGCUUUUAAUGUGCAGUAUAACUUAGUCAGUAAUCACUACAAGACUUGAUCAGAUUUUUGUACCACACGAACCUGUGAUGCGCAGUACCAGAUGUACCUAGUUUAGAGAAUACAACCUGCAUGAUAUUAAGCAAAAACUAGAUGCUGAAUUAUGUUUGACCCGCUUGGUACAGAUGUUAACGACCUUCCUUGCUCACUCCUUAACAGCUAAUCAGAUCAGUACUGCUGGUUUGCAGUUUCUUCAUUAAGCAAUGACUAAUCUGUAACUUACUGAGGGAAUCUGAUUGCUGAUUUGGAUUUUCAUUUUAAGUGUUGGUGGAGAGAGAUUUGUUAGGGAAGAAUUGCACAGACAUGAAGCAAAGAGGAAUCUGAUAGCAGACAAAGAGCUAGAGUUUUGCCUUGUCCUUGCUGUGACAGGAUGCAGCAGUAGAGAAAUCAAUGAAAAAGACCCACACAUUGGGAACGCAGCCAAGAAGUGCUUUUGAGUGCUUAUUGACCCACUUAUGAAAUGUUGAAUCUCUCCCACAGGUCAUUUGUCUUGGAUGUCAAAAGCAUAUACCUAAAUGUGGCUUGUUAACUUGAGUUUUGGAGAGUGCAAACACACAUUCUAAGUAGCCAGCUGGGUCUAUAGACUAAUUUGGCAGUAUAUUAAAUAUACUGUAGUGUUGAAUUUUUUUUUUUGGGGGGGGGACUUAAUGCUUUUGUUAGGGUGAUUAAUGACACUUGAUGGCCUAUAGACUGUAUUUAUGUGUAUUUCCUUAAUUAGGGUGAAGGCCCAUUCUCUUUAGAAUGAUAAUCAAACUUGAUCCUUUUCUCUUAAAGGAAUAGUUAUAUAUUUACUCACCCUCAUGUUGUACCAAACCCCUAUGUUGUUAAUUUUUUCUGUGGAAAUUUUGAAGAACCUUUAUGCAGCUCACCAUACAUCUGCUGUCAAGUUCCAAAAAGGACCGGACCCCACCCCCCCCCAAAAAAAAAUAGCAUCAAGGUUUAGAGUGACAUGAGGGUGAGUAAAUAAUGACUUAGUAAUAAUUCUUUAAAUGAGCUCUUAUGUGCCUUGCCUUUUUAUUUAUUCAUUUAUUUAUAGACAGAACUGAAAAUUUUAAUAGAAAUGAUCUAUUACAUUACAUUUAAUAUAAGCUAGCUUACUAUUGGAUAGCGCUGAUGUUGUAGGGUAGGCCAAUGUAAUUUAUCAACUCAAGUCUGCCCUCUGUUGGUGGACAAAUGUAGUGAUGAAGUCAUUUGCGUGUGGUUUUGUGUGGUUAUAUUACUUAAAUUUGUAAGAAAGCUUUACACACUGAAUGUCAGGGUAGUAGGGUAUUUGAAUUAGAGCAAGAUUUUGUCCCUGGGUGUUAAAGGGAUAGUUCACCCAAAAAUGAAAAUUCUUUCCUCAUUUACUCCUCAUUUACACCCUCUUGCUAUCCCAUAUGUGUAUAACUUUGAAUUUUAGAAAGAUUUCUCAGCUCUGUAGGUCCAUACAAUGCAAGUCAACAGAGUCCAAAAUGUUGAAGCUCCAAAAAGCAGCAUAAAAGUUAUCCAUAAGACUCCAGUGGUUAAAUCCAUAUCUUCAGAGGCAAUAUGAUAGGUGUGGGUGAGAAACUACAUAACUUAUAUAUGAGAUUAAUAUUUUAAGUCCUUGUUUUCGUAUAAAUUCUCCUCCCUGUCCAGUAGGUGGCGAUAUGCACAAAGAAUGCGACUCGCCAAAAACAAAAGAAGAAGAACUCUUAAGAGAGAAGAGCCCUUUGGAGGGCUGUUUGCAAGUGGAGAUUUAUAGUAGAGAAGGGCUUAAAUAUUGAUCUGUUUGUCACCCACACUAUCAUAUCACUUUUGAAGAUAUGUAUUUAACCACUGGAGUUGUAUGGGUUACUUUUAUGCUGACUUAAUAUGCUUUUUGCUUCAAAGUUUUGGACCCUGUUGAAUUGCAUUGUAUUGACCAAGAGAGCUGAGAUAUUCUUCUAAAAAUCUUUGUGUUCUGCUGAAGAAAGAAAGUCAUACACAUUUGGGAUGGCAUGAGGGUGAGUAAAUGAGAGAAUAUUCAGUUUUGGGUGAACUAAGUGUAAACAGCUUUUUAAGUUCUGUUAGUAGUCAGAUACAAUGUGCUGUAAAAGCUGCACUUGUACAGAAAAUAGUGCAGUAGCGUUAUGUAGUCACCAGCUUCACAGCUCAUCCUGCCGUUAUAUUGGACGAUGUGUAUGCCACAGUUUUACUUCUUUUACUGCCCUUGUUGAUGACCUGAUAUGAAGAAGCGAUAAAAUGGCAUCUUGCUAUUAUCCUCUGUCCUGGUCCGGAUGCUUUAUAGAUCUGAGCCUGAAAAAGGAAAAAGAACUGAGGAUUGGUGUGAACCCAAAACAUCAAAUAAGGACCAAGCCUUAAAGAACGAUCAACAAUCAUUCAGAUUACACACAAUCAAAAUGUUCUGUUGUGUUCAUUCUCGUAGUACCGCUAUUGCUGUGACUGUUUGGACCAUCAAGCCUGAUGUACACACAUCGUGUCUAUUUUUCCCACUCACACACUGGCCCAGUGACUGCACGGCACUCUAACCCAGUGUUACUGCCUGGGAUAACUAUACUUCCUUAAAUGCACUCCAGCCCUCUUAGUAACACUACAUUGGGUCAUGGGCUUUGUACACAGCCCUUAUAUUCUCUGCUGUAAUAUGUUUAUUAGAGAUUAGGAAAUGUGUGUUUUUACUAUUAUGGCUAAAUUAAUUGUUGUGAAACCUGUUUGAAUUGUAUUUGCACAUUGAAAAUGUUUUAUUUACAUUCGAGAACACACCUUUUGUUUGGCUAAUAAAUGAGAAAAAUGAA